AUGGCGGAGCCGCCCCCGGAGCUGGGCGACAGGGAGAUCCGGGACAAGCUCGGCCUGUGGGACCGCAGGCCCCGGCCCAUGGCGCCUCUCACCGACCGACAGACGGACUCGGUGCUGGAGCUCAAAGCGGCGGCCGAGAACCCGCCCGUCCCGGCCGAGCUUCCAAUUGAAGAUUUAUGCAGUUUAACAUCACAGUCACUAAGUGUCGCGUUGGCUGCAGCAAUACCUGAAUCAACAGAGGAUAUCCUCUUGAAAGGCUUCACCACUUUGGGAAUGGAAGAUGAAAGAAUUGAAACUGCACAGCAGUUCUUCUCAUGGUUUGCUCAGCUGCAGGCCCAGAUGGAUCAAGAUGAAGGUGCUAAGUACAGACAGAUGAGGGAUUAUCUGUCUGGAUUUCAGGAGCAAUGUGAUGCUAUACUGAAUGACGUGAACAGUGCUCUUCAACAUUUGGAGUCUUUGCAGAAACAGUAUCUCUUUGUGUCCACCAAGACAGGAACACUGCAUGAAGCCUGUGAGCAGCUUUUGAAAGAGCAGUCAGAACUCGUUGACCUGGCUGAAAAUAUCCAACAGAAACUCUCUUAUUUUAAUGAACUAGAAAAUAUUAACACAAAAUUAAAUUCCCCCACGUUGUCUGUGAACAGUGAAGGAUUUAUACCUAUGCUGGCUAAGCUUGAUGAUUGUAUUACAUAUAUUUCAUCACAUCCUAAUUUUAAAGAUUAUCCCGUGUAUUUGGUUAAGUUUAAACAAUGUCUUUCUAAAGCUAUGCACCUUAUGAAAACGUACACUGUGAACACACUACAGAACCUCACAAGCCAGUUGAUAAAAAGGGAUCCUUCAUCUGUGCCAAAUUCUGACAAUGCCUUCACACUAUUUUACGUAAAAUUCAGAGCUGCUGCUCCCAAAGUUAGAACUCUUAUUGAGCAGAUAGAGCAAAGAUCUGAGAAGAUGCCAGAGUACCAGCAACUUCUGAAUGAAAUCCAUCAGUGUUACCUUGCUCAGCGGGAACACUUGCUAGGCCCUAGUAUUACUAGUACUGUAACGGAAUUAACCAGUCAGAACAACAGAGAUCAUUGUGCGCUGGUACGAAGUGGCUGUGCCUUUAUGGUCCAUGUGUGCCAGGAUGAACACCAGCUUUACAAUGAAUUUUUCACAAAACCAACACCAAAAUUGGAUGAACUUUUGGAGAAAUUGUGUGUCUCAUUAUAUGAUGUCUUCAGGCCAUUGAUCAUCCAUGUUAUUCACUUAGAAACUUUGUCUGAACUCUGUGGAAUUCUCAAAAAUGAGAUGCUUGAAGACCAUGUACAGAACAAUGCAGAACAACUGGGUGCAUUUGCUGCUGGUGUCCAGCAGAUGUUAGAGGAUGUACAAGAACGUCUUGUCUACAGGACAUUCAUCUACAUUCAGACAGACAUCAUAGGCUACAAGCCUGCUCCUGGGGAUCUUGCAUAUCCGGAUAAAUUGGAAAUGAUGGAGCAAAUUGCACAAAGUUUAAAAGAUGAACAGAAGAAGUUGCCUUCUGAUGCUUCAUUUUCAGAUGUGCGGCUAGAAGAUCCAGAGUCCUGCAACCUAAUUAAAUCUGGUACAGCAGAAUCCCUUAAUCCCAGACCACAGACUAUGAUUUCACCAGCAGAUCUACAUGGAAUGUGGUAUCCCACAGUCAGAAGGACUCUAGUGUGUCUCUCUAAACUGUACAGAUGUAUAGAUAGGGCAGUGUUCCAAGGAUUAUCACAAGAGGCGUUAUCUGCCUGUAUUCACUCACUGCUGGGAGCUGCGGAUUCAAUUUCCAAAAAUAAGACCCAGGUUGAUGGACAGCUUUUCUUAAUAAAACACCUUUUGAUUCUUCGUGAACAAAUUGCUCCUUUCCACACUGAAUUCACCAUUAAGGAAAUUUCCCUGGACCUUAAGAAAACUAGAGAUGCAGCAUUUAAAAUCCUGAACCCAAGGACUGUUCCAAGAUUUUUUAGGCUAAACAGCAACAACGCACUGAUACAGUUCUUAUUGGAGGGUACUCCAGAGAUCAGAGAACAUUAUAUUGACUCUAAGAAAGAUGUAGACCACCACCUGAAAUCAGCUUGUGAGCAGUUUAUUCAGCAGCAAACCAAACAGUUUAUAGAGCAGCCGGAGGAGUUCAUGUCAAAGGUUGCUGCAUUGAAAGCAAUGGCCAGUCAGGGAGGUCCCAAAUACAACCUUUCACAGCAGCCUUGGGCACAACCAGCAAAGGUCAAUGAUUUAGUGUCUUCCACUUAUAAGACAAUAAAAACAAAGCUGCCAUCAAUGUUACGAAGCAUGUCAUUAUACUUGGCCAAUAAGGAUACUGAAUUCAUUUUGUUUAAGCCAAUUAGGAAUAAUAUUCAGCAAGUGUUCCAGAAACUCCAUGCUUUGUUAAAGGAAGAAUUUAGCAAUGAAGAUCUCCAGAUCAUAGCUUGUCCUUCAAUGGAACAGGUGAACCUACUUUUGUCAAUGUCUAAAUAGCCCAACAGUCAGGCCGUUUGAGGUAAAUUUCAGUGG